CCAGAAUUAUUUCGCGGCGAAGACAAACAACAUUUCCACUUGCACAUCGCAAAGGAUCCGGCGCUGACUUGUUCUCGCCAUGCCAGCUCCCGCAGGUACCAAGCGCGUCAAGGGCAAGCGCAUAACUCGAAGCUUCAUCAUCGGAUCCGAAUCAUGGCCACUCGAUGACACCAACCGCCAUGAGGGCAUUCCCAAAGAUCACACCAAAGGCUGGCGUGUAUAUAUCAAGAACAUCGAAGGCGGGCCCGACAUCACGACAUGGCUACAGAAAGUGCAGUUCAAGAUCUUCCACUCGUACCCGAAUCCUCAUCGCAUGAUAGAUAAGUGCAAGGAUCAGUGCUUCGAGGUCCGCGAGACGGGCUGGGGCGGCUUCAAUAUCGACCUUCGGCUAUUCUUCCAACCCGUCGCGCACGAGAAGCCGCAGUACCGCCUGCAUUUCCUUCAGCUAGAGCCGUACGGGACAGAGGCAGACAAGCUCGAGCAAGUCGAGAAGAAGAUGGUGCGCAGCGAAAUUUGCGAAAUGAUAGAAUUCAAUGAGCCGACCGAGGCCUUUUUCAAUGCGCUCACAGACCCCAAGCAAUUCGACUAUCUGUCGAAGGACAAACAUAAGGGCAAGAAAGGCGUCGGCACAUUCGGGCUCGGAUAUAGUGUCGAACUUGCGGAACAAACGACACCGACAAAUCCAUAUACGAAGGAGCUGGAAAGAAAACAGGUGCAGACCUUUGAGGCAGCGGAGAAGGUGGUUGAAAGAUUGAUGAUCGAGGAGAAAGGGCAUACCGAGGAAAUGGCGAAGCGCAAAGCGGCGCUGAAAGAGGAGGAGCGAAAGGUGCUGGCGGAGCUGGAAACUGUGCGUGCCGCGAAAAGGGCUGCUGCGGCAUGAUGAAGCUCUGUAUGUUAUCACUUCCGAUUCAGGGGCGUUCUGGGGAUAGGCGUUCGUCAGAAAAGACGGGUAUACUACGUGGCAGCCUGGCGUCUCACACUACUAGGAAUCAUAUGAGAGUUGGUGCUUGUAAAUAUUUUAGUUCACAUCUCCAGAAAUAUACGCACUGUCUAAUUCCA